AUGUUUUUACUAUGGACAAUGUUUCAUAUCAAGGCUUCCCAAACCCCUAUCUCCAAUAAUCCGCUACUUGAUUCAAUCACCCCAAACUCCGAUAUAACGCAUGAGAAACUUGUUUUACCACAAUCCUCUCUACAGUCUCAAUUCUACUCUCUGGAACAGAAAAAUCUACGGAAAGCAGCUCUUCAAAGAGUAGAAGAAGAUCGGAGAGUACUGUUGGAAGCUGCAAAUGGAUCAGAUCAUAAGGCAUUCUACAAAGCAGUGAAACCAGAAGUAUUCUGUGAGAAAAAUGAGAGAAUUGGGUACAAAGGAGACGGAGGAAAGCAAGUUUGUAAUGCUGGAGCCGUGAAGAAGGAGGAUUGCACACUCCUUUCCCUUGGUCUUCAUAACCAAAUCGACUAUGACCAGGCAAUCUUCAACGCAACUGGACGGCACUGCAAGAUUUUGGGUGCUGAUAUGAAUUCUCAAAACGCCAAAACGCAAAAAUCCUAUGAAGAGAUGGGCGGAGAGAUAUUUGUUGGAAAGAUUCCAGCUAACCUAACCAUCCCAGAAAUGCUGGAAAAGACUGGAAGAAGUGAAGUGGAAUUGUUAAAGAUUGAUAUCGAGGGAGGAGAAGUGGAUGGACUGGAACCUUUGAUUAGGGAUUAUUAUGUUUGUCAGAUCUUCAUUGAACUCCAUGGACAGAAACCAAUCGAUCACUUAAAUAUGCUCCGAAUGAUGUCUAGAUACGGAUUCCGUCUAUUCAACAUCAAACCGAAUCCGUACUGCCGGAUAUGUUGUGAAUACAGUCUGAUCAAUGAGUUGUGUAUUAGACAGUUUGGAGCAGUCCCGUUGGGUAUCACUAUUCCACAUUAG